AUGUCCGGGCCCUGCAUAGGCAUCGGCUUCUUGGCAUGCGUGGUGAGCGCGGUUGCCCUCGGCUGGCAGCUCGACUGGGUGAGGACGUGGACUAGGGCGGAAGGCAGCAUGGUGCCCAUGGAGUCGCAGGAAUCACCCUGGAUUUGGGCUCUCGCAGCCAUCUGCGCCACCGAUGUGGACCUUGAUUACAUCGACAAUCGACUGUACCUGACCGGCAAGCAGUGCGUCCAGCACACUCUGUUCGCAGUCUCCAGGCUGGUCAUCAUCGGCACCCAAUCAAAGUUCGUCUUGGCCGUUGGCGUUGCGUCCAGUGUUCUUCUCAUCUUCCUUCUGAGUGAAGUUGAGCCUGGUGUGAAGAAGUAUGACUUUAGCGUAGAGUUCUUGGAUGAGUGGCCAAAAAAAGGAAAAGUGGAGUUUGUCUCCUAUUCGGCAUCAUACAAGCCAGGAAUACUACCGGACGUGCUCAAAGAUAUCACCUUCACGGUGCAUCCUACCGAAAAGGUAGGUGUGGUUGGUCGCACUGGUGCUGGGAAGUCGUCUCUGGUCAUGGCUCUGCUGCGAGUUCUGAAGAGUUCCCAAGGGUCUAUUCUCAUCGACGGCGUCGACAUUGCUCGUGUUCCGUUGCAGAAACUACGCACCUGUGUCACCGUCAUUCCACAGGACCCAAGCCUGGUGCGGGGCACCCUACGCGAAAACCUGGAUCCAACGAACUCGCAUACUGACAAGGAAAUCUGGGCCGCCCUCGAGCAAGCUCAUCUCAGCGACGUUGUGUCGAGAGACCCUAAGCAGCUGCUUCUCGACACUGGGGAUGGUGGCUCCAGCUUCAGCGUGGGUGAGCGUCAGCUUUUGUGUCUCGCUCGCGCUUUGCUGCGGAGACCCCGGUUGCUGUUGUUGGACGAGGCCACGUCCCAGAUGGACGGCGACACGGAUCAGCUGAUACAGGCCACGCUUCGGGAAGCCUUUGCGACGUGCACCCAACUCACCAUUGCACACCGAUUACACACUAUCAUCGACUACGACAAGAUCCUCGUGAUGGGUGACGGCCGCAUUCUGGAAUUCGGAACUGUGCAAGAGUUAAUCUGCAAUCCAUCCUCAGUGUUCAAACAGAUGGCCAAGGAGACGCUGUUGAAAACAGCGCACAGAAGAAGCAGACCGACAGAACAUCAUCACUUUUAAAGUAAAAUUAA